CAAAAACACGCCAUCUGACAAAGCAACAAAUUCCAAACUCGCCGGUGCAACAAUUUCGAAUUUGCUUCUCGUUUUGGUAUUAAAAACCCGAAUUGUUCCGCCUCAUGAAAGCAGUCUUUGCGCGACUAGCGCAGCAUAUUGUACGCAAUGGAGUUGUGUGUGUGUAUAAAUUUGGUGUUUUUUAAAAACAUUUAUUUAUUUUAGCCUAGUUUUCAAAGAAAAUUUCCACAAACCAAGUUUUCUGGCAUUAGUACCACCGCACGCAACUAAUGAAGCCUCCAGAAGGGUCCUCCGGAGUGCACGAACGCCACUCUCGAAUUAACUACUGGAUAAAAUUGUUACACAAAGUCCCCGGCGCCCAGCCGUUGUAACUCAACACCCGGCCCUUCGUCCCCGCUCUAAUGGUUCUAAGACACCAGCAGGAGAGUAAAAUGGCCUCUGAACAGCCGGUGAAGAAGAAGCUGCGACGCGGUGACAGCCCCGACGCCCCCGAUGAGCCCGAUUUCAUCCACAACGGGGUCUCCGCCCUGCACCUGACCUACCCCCCUACUGUGAACGAGGAGGAUCUCAACACCGUCAACGCGCAGUUCCAUGGGGGCAAAGUGUUCCGGACUAGUGACGUGAGUGACAGUGACAAGGACCCCCCGACUGUGGAAAACAUCACCAUACAGCCGGCCCCCGACAUCAAGCAGCAGAUGCUGGUGGACGAGGAGGAAAGUGAGACUUUUUACAGCUAUUUGGUGAAGCAGUGCCUCUGCGACAUCCCCGAGGGCGUCCUGCGCAAGCCCUUCGAGGGGCACCAGGUCGUGGGGGAGGCCGGGACCCGGCUGGCGAUGCUAAGCGAGUGGGGCACCCCCCAAGUGCUCCAGUUCCUCUCAAACGUGCAUUUGUUGUUCGAAGUUUACUUGAAACAGAACAACAACGGACACAUCUGCUCCAAAAUCGUGACGAUUUGUGACACCUUCGUACGCAACGAACACAACUUAAUCGAGCAGAUUUUAUCGCUUUGUGAGACACGGGACAAGUAUAUCAAUUAUCUGGCCGCCAAAGUGUUCAGUAGUUUUCUUAUUAUUGCCAAAACUAACAUCAACAAUGAGUGGCUCGAAACAAUUGUCGGUUUUUUAACAAUUGAAAACACCGACUAUGUCAAAAUGAACUUCGCGCUUGAAAUUAUUAAGCGAGUCGUGGAGUGGAAGAACGUCGAUAUCCACGUCCUGGAGGAGCCCCAAAGUCAGGACGUGGCCGGGAGUAGCUCCCAAAACGUGGAAAUCAACGUAAAUUGCGUGUCGGUUCCGUACAGCGAUGCCGAAAGCUACGACACUUCGGGGAUCAAGGGCUUGAUUAUUAAAAGUCUGGAAGCGAAAUGGCCAGAAUUGAUCAGUAAAAUUCAAUACUUGAUCACUCAGAACAAUUCAAUCGAAGCACAAACUUGCGUUUUGACGUUUCUGUCUCUUUGGGAAAGCACCAUUUCGGUCAAAGCCAACUUAAGUGUGAUUGACACGAAACCGUUCUACGCCCAUUUGGAGAAUUUUGUUGGGUUGCUCAACAGUAACCUACCACCAAUCAUUUGGAAGCAGUUACUGUCCCUCUUUAACGAGGUUUUGUGCUAUGGGAGCACUCUGGCAUUGCAGGACAUGCUCCCGGAGGACACGUGCCAGCUGGCCCACUUGAUCGUGCGCUACGUCAAAGACUUCCGCCUGCUCGACAGCCUGCCGUACAGGCGCUCAGAGGGCUACACUGUGAACAGCUUCGUGGGGACGAUCCCCAGCACGCAGCCGACGCAGUCCAACAUCGACAAGACUCUCUUGCAGAAGAUGACGCUCCUGGUGCUGAAGAGCGUGGCCAUCACCAUCAAGGAGACGCGCUCGGACAGCUCGGACUCCAGCGUGGGGUCGGAGGACUACGACUUCUCGCACGACAUGCAGCUGAUCGCGCGCUCGAUCCGCGACGUGCUCAAGAAGGUGGACGUCUUCAUCAAGCUCAGCUUGGAGUUUCACCCCGAAACGCCCUUCUCGAAAAUACUCAUCCAUUUGUUUAGCGAUCAAGACGAUUACAUGAUCGAGGCCAUGGUUUGUACGCUGGAUAUUAAGACGGGGAUCUCGUACCAGAACGCGUUGGCGCCCGAUUUUAUCGCGAUGCUGAAUCCGGUCCACUCGUUUAUCGAGUUUUUGAAAAUUGUUAGUCAUGAUUCGGACGUACUAUUAGAUUAUUUAGUCAGUAAUGAGACGUGUUUCUUGUUGUAUCUGUUGCGGUUCUUGAAGUAUACGAGGAGGAAUUGGGAUGUUUUUGUAAAUAGUUGUUACGAGGGCGGAGCGUCGAGGACCAAUGAGCUUGAUAAUACAAUGACGGUUUUGAUAAGACUUAAAAUGCAGAUUGAUCGACUCGUGUCGAAGGAUCUUUUUCCUUAUAAUAUUAACCCCAUUUUAAGACUGCUUGAGAUUUGCGAGAAUCUUUACGAAGGCAACGAGUACAGCUGAUAGCUUUAAUUUUUAUUCGGUUUUUUUAUGUGUAUAUAGUUGAAAGUUUCCGUGAUAUAGUACAAAACCCUCCCAUUUCUUCUAAUUUAUUUUUUUAUACAUUUUUCAAACAGGACAGACAACAUGUCCAGUUACCACGUAUUUUGCAUAAUUGGCGAUUGUGUUUUUGAUGAAAAAUUUCAUUCAACGCAUGAUAAAUAUUAUUAAUUAAAAUGAAACGAUCGCACAGAUAACGAAAGCAAAUAGUUUCAAAAUAAUUAAACUAAUGAAAUGUUUUAAUUGGGGAAAUUUCGCAACUGGGCCAAUUAUAAUUAUGAAAUUGUUAGUGUUACCCAAAAAACAUGUGUCCCUAAUCUUACAGAUGACAAAAAAUCACAAAAGCCACUGUUUUUUUAAUAACUACCAUAUUUUUUCUAAUUAACUAGCGUAAAACAAUUUAAUGCUAGUUGCAAAACAGUCACUUUAUAAUUGGUUUUCUCUUUUAAUUUCUGGGUUUUCUUGAGAUUCAAUUUGUCACUAGGGUCCAAUCUAACAGAGAAUCACACGAAAAUACAGCAAGUUUAAGGUUGAUAAAAAUAGUUAUUAAUGACACAGUUAAAGAUUAGAUCUCUCAUUGAAAUUGUAAAUAAAAUUAGCUAUUGAUUUUUUUCAAGUGAUUAAAUAAUUUAUAACAACUAAUUUUGAGAGAAAAAGCGACGUUGACAUUUCCAUAAUUUUGAAACAGCUAGUUUGAGUUCAAAGUUACCAAUAGUCCCAUAAUAAGGAAAUUCGGCCAAAAAUUUUAGUCGAAUAGACAAGAGAGUAUUAAAUAAUUCCAAUUUAUUGCUUCACUUUUAUUCAGUUUACAGCUGCUAAUACAAUAAAAUUAAUUUAAAAAAAAAUCUAGUUUUGUUUGUUUUCUUGGAAAGACGAUUUACAAAAUAACGCAAAUUCAUCUUUUAGACCAAAAUUAGGUAUUUGUGUACGAAAUUGCCAUGUUGCCAGAGUGUCAAUUGAAAAAGUCCCGAGAUAUAUCCGUAGUUUUACCAGCGACAUAUUGUAUUUCCAAAUUUUCCAUUUGCAUUUAUUGAGCAAAAAACUCGUUUGUUUUUAUGUACAUAUUUAGGAAAAAAGUAUGAAUCACUAGGAAAUUCCUGAAACGUUAUCUUGAACAAACACUCAACGUUACAUAUUUGCAUUUCUUAUUUUGCACCCAUGAAUUAUUUGUUUUGGAUGAUAAAACCUUAUUUUUGUUAGGGCAUAUGUUAAUAAAUCAAUGUUUAUCAGCAUUAAAAAUUCAAUGACCCUUUGGACAAGUUGUGGAAUUUAAUUUUCUUCCCCCGAGUGUCAAUAUAUCGGACAAAAUACGUCUACACUGGACAUGUCGAACGAUGGAAGUAAAAAAAAACACAAAUUAAAAAAUUCAACUUCGGUUCGGUUUUCCCAGACUGAUAAGUCGUUCAUAGUCUAAGAGUGCGUUUGUAUUAUCUAACACUUGUUAAAAUAGAAUUGAAAAGUCUGUAAUUAACUUAUUUCCUUUAUUUAUUCUUUCGAAUAGGUUUAUGUAACAAAUGUAAAUUGUAGUUACCUUAUUUAAGUUUUAACAGUGUAACUAAUCGCCCACUUACAAUUUGCAAUAUUAAGAGUAAGUCGCCUUGUAUUAUUUUCCAUAGUUCAAAUUAUAUGCGCCGUGAUGAGAACUUGUGCCCAUAAUAAUGUAAAAAACAAGAUGUAAUAAUUUAAUGACUUUAUUAUUUAAUUUCUAACUUAUAUAAAUAAAAGUAACGAUUGGCAGGCUCAUGAGGUCCUUCAGAGGAGUUAAAAAAGUAGUUGUAUGUAUAUAAGGUAUUGAUUAUAAUACUUUAAUAUUUUUAAAAUUGUACAUAAUGUACUAAUGUAUUUUUUUACCCAAUACAAAACGUUUUAAUAACAA